AUGGAGAGUGCACUUCUGUCACUGUGUCCUCCAGCGCUGCCCAGGGAGCGUCAUUCUGUGCUGUUUUGCCAGAGAAGUGCAUCCUGGAUCUGUGUUAAUCUUAAGGCCUUGCAACAAGAAGAAUCUGGCCCUUGGGCCUUCCUGGGCUCUGGCCUACACAUAACUGAUAAGCGGAGUGGGAUGGAUAGCCUGGGGGACAGGUGGAUGGGAAAAACACCUUUGGAAUUUUGCUCCUCUGCUGGGGCACAGAAGAUCACAGGUCUGCCUGAGAGCCAGGAAGGCCUGCCAAUUCAUCACUACAGUUACCAUCUUGCCAAUGGGAUUGACUUGUCACUGACAGCAUCGGUUACCUUCAAGGAUGUGGCCGUGACCUUUACCCAGGACGAGUGGGGGCACCUGAACCUUGCCCAGAGGACCCUCUACAGGGAAGUGAUGCUGGAGACCUGUAGGCUCCUGGUCUCUCUGGGAUACCCAGUUCCCAAAUCAGAGCUGAUCCACCUCUCGGAGCACAGGCAGGAGCUAUGGAUGGUGAAAAGAGGCCUUUCCCAAAGUGCCUGUCCAGGAGCCAGAGAAAAAUCAGAGACUACGGAGACAACCAUUUCUCAGCUGCUGUUGUCCAAGGGACACUCACUUAGGGUGUGGCUGAAGCAGGGAGCUUCAAGGAACUCCAGGACUGGAAGACCCAAAACUCAGGAAAGGCUAUCAGAAAUGCAGGCAGGAAUCUUAAGGCCAGUGACAGAGCCCAACAAGGAGACUGGACCUGGGAAGAUGAACUCUAAAUGCAAUGAAUUGGGGACAGGUAACAGUCCACUGUCAAGAGUUUUACAGGAGCGAGUCUCUCCAGUAGGUGUUCUCUGUGAAAGUGACACACACAGACUAGUUAAAGACCCCAGCAGUCAAGUGGGGAAGAACCAUUAUGAAUAUAGUGAAUGCAGAAUUAUCAGGAAUUGGGAUCUUGCACAUGACUGUGUUCAUGCUAAAGCAAAGCCCUAUGAGUGCAUAAAGUGUGGGAAGACCUUCAGCUGUACAUCAGACCUCAUGCAGCACCAGCAGAUUCACACUGGAGAACAACCUUUUGAGUGCAAAGAAUGUGGGAAAACCUUUUGCAACAGUUCUGCUCUCGGGCGACACAUGAAGAAUCACACUGAAGAGAAGCCCUAUGAGUGCAAUAAAUGUGGAAAGGCCUUCACCAAACAGUCAAAUUUAAUUAAGCAUCGGAAGACCCACACUGGAGAAAAACCCUUUGUAUGCAAAGACUGUGGGAAAGCCUUUUGCUACAGGUUUAAUUUGAGUCAACACAUGCAGAUUCACACUGGAGUGAGGCCCUAUGAGUGCAGUGAAUGUGGGAAAGCUUUCUGUCGCAAGUCACACCUCACAGAGCACCAGCGGAUUCACACAGGAGAGAAGCCCUAUGAAUGCAGUAAAUGUGGAAAGUCUUUCUCUUACCACUCUGGUUUUGUCCAACAUAGUUGGAUCCAUACUGGUGAGAAACCUUUUAAGUGCAAAGAAUGUGGGAAAACCUUUUGCUCCAAGUUUAAUCUGCGUCAACACAUGAAGGUUCACACUGCAGGGAAGCCCCAUUAAUGCAAUAAAUGUGGAAAGGACUUCAACCAACACUCACCUUGUAUGCAUCAUAUGACCCACACUGGAUUAAAACCCUUUAAAUGCAAUGUCUGUGGGAAAGCCUUUCAGCUACCACUCUAAUUUCAGUCGACACAUGGAGAUUCACACUGCAGAGAAGACCUGUGAGUGCAUCAAGUGUGGGAAAGCUUUCAUGGUCAAGUCGUACCUCCUAUA